GUGUAGAUCGUUUAUUCUAUAACUUUCUAUAAACAUCUUUGCCACACAUGCACCAAAAAAAAACCCCUAAUUCCUAUAAUUAGGCCUUUGUAACUCUAAAUUCCCCUCACUCACAUAGUAGCACACACAGCAUUUAAUCCCCAAUCAAAUAUCAUUAAAUAUCCAUGGCCAAAGCCCUAGUCCCAAACUAACCAAAAAACCAAAAAAUGGAGUCGUCCGAUCUCCUCCCCUUGGACCUCAACCUCCCCGGGGGCGCGGUCGAGUCAUCCGAGCCACGCGUCUUCUCGUGCAACUACUGCAACCGGAAGUUCUACAGCUCCCAAGCGCUCGGGGGCCACCAAAACGCCCACAAGCGCGAGCGCACCAUGGCAAAGAGGGCCGGGGCAGCCUACACGCACCACGAGGCACUCGGAUACCCGAGCAUGGCGUCGCUCCCUCUCUACGGCUCCAACUUCAAUAGGUCUUUAGGGAUUCAAGCCCACUCCAUGAUCCAUAAGCCGGCUUUUAAUGCACGGCCGGGCUGGGGGAGGAAGCCGCUCCAGCAGCACCCGGCCAUAGGGCGCCUCGCGGCCGAGGUGGGACCGUCCUCUAGGUUCGACGGCAGCGGGAGGAGGUUCUCGGAGGGCUUUAGAUGGGAUGGUGGUGGGAAUCAAGAUCAUGACUUGAAAAAGUUGGACUUGUCUCUCAAAUUAUGAUUUUUCUUUUUGAAUUUCGGUUUGAUUUUCUUGCUUAAAUUUUUUUUUUUUAGAUUUUGGAUUCUUUUUGCUGAAUUUCUUUAGGGUAAAUAUGUAUAUUAGAUUAGAUUUUUGUUGCUUUUUAGUUUUUCUUUUCUUUUCAUAGUCUGCAAUUUCCGGUGUACAUUUGGAAUUUGAUUUCAAUAAUGAGAAGCGGCUCAAAGCAUAUUAUAUGGAUCA